AUGGCCAAGAUAGCGUGGAAUUCUAGGGAGCAGGGAUGCCCACCAGUAGACCAGGGCUGCACUAUAGAGCAGUUCACUAACAUGAAUCCUCUAGCCUUUUUAGGGAGUACAUACCCCAUUAUGGUAGAAAACUGGAUAGAGGAGAUUGAAAAGAUCAUAACUAUACUGUGUUGCACCGAUGAACAGAGAAUUCUAUAUGCCACAUUCAUACUGAGAGGGGAGGCUAAGCUUUGGUGGUCUAUUAUAAGGCUCUUGGAGGAGCAGAGGCCGGUAACAGUAGCCCUGACUUGGGGAAGACUUAAAGAGAUCUUUUUCAACCGCUAUUUCCCCUCCUCUCUUAGAGACGCCAAGAUGGAAGAGUUCCUAAAUUUGACUCAGCGCUAUUUGACAGUGCCACAGUAUUCUACUAAAUUCGUGAAGCUGUCACGAUUUUCCCCCUUCAUGAUACCAAAUGAAUUCAGGAAGGCUCAGAGAUUUGAAAGAAGGCUGAGGCAUGAAAUUUAUGAGCAAGUGGAAUUGUUGUAG